CUGCAUUGCUUCACAGCUUCACUUUUGCUCACACUCUUUCUAUAUAAUUAAUCUUUCUCUAAGCCAAUCCUCAAAGCUAGCAUCAACUUUUCACCAAUGGCCCCAAAUUAUAACCAUUCCUCUUCUUUCAUUUUCUUGUUUCUGUCUCUUCACUUUCUUUCAAUUCUAGCCACAAGAAACAACCUCACCACCGACAGAAACGCCCUUGAAAUCAUCAUCGGCGGCGGUGAAAGCUCCAAUGACUAUUCUCCUGCGCCGUCUCCGGAGCCAGAAGACUGUCCUCCACCGCCGCCUCCGGAGCCAGAAGACUGUCCUCCUCCUCCUCCACCGCCACCUACGCAACAAUUCUCUAGUCCAUUAAUAGAGAAAGUGUAUCCAGUCAUCAAGAAGUUCCAAAACCUAGUCGAAAAUGAUCCAAAGAAGAUACUCAAAACAUGGGUAGGCACCGACAUUUGCGCCGAGGACAAAUACAUAGGACUCGAGUGCGCAAAGUUCCCGGGAACAAACGAUCUCGCACUCGCGAGCAUCCAGUUCAACCAGUUUAACUUGGGAGGCAAGAAACUCCGGCUAGAUAACUUCCUCAACAAGUUAGAAGAAGUCACAAUCUUCCACGCAAACAGCAACAACUUCGUGGGCGCUGUUCCCGAAGUCAGCAACUUGAAGUACUUAUUCGAGCUUGAUCUCAGCAACAACAAGCUCUCCGGAGAGUUUCCAAGCUCUGUCUUAAAAGCAACCAACCUCACGUUCCUCGAUCUUAGAUUCAACUCUUUCUCCGGUUCUGUGCCUCCUCAGGUUUUCAAUCUUGACCUAGACGUCUUGUUCAUCAACCACAACAAUCUUGUUCAGAGACUCCCCGAGAAUCUCGGAUCCAUCACUGCUCUUUACCUCACAUUCGCUAACAACAGAUUCACGGGUCCUAUUCCCGAAAGCAUAGGUGACAUCAAGUCCCUACAAGAAGUCCUGUUCUUAAAUAACAAGUUAACCGGUUGCUUACCAUACCAAAUCGGGAAGCUUAACCAAGCUACGGUUUUUGACGUCGAGUUUAACCUGCUAACCGGUCCGAUUCCAUACUCUUUCGGAUGCCUAGACAAGAUGGAACAGCUCAACUUGGCUAGAAACAAGUUCUACGGUACCAUACCGGAAAUCGUAUGCGAGCUCUCAGCUCUCAAGAACGUUUCGCUCUCGUUCAAUUACUUCACGCAGGUUGGUCCAAAAUGUAGAGAACUUAUCAAGAAGAAGAUUUUAGACGUUCGCAUGAACUGUAUUCUAGACCUUCCUUAUCAGAGAACGCCAUGGGAGUGCGCUAAAUUCUUCAUGCGAAAACAGAAGUGUCCUAAGUCCAAGUCUUUCUUUUACAUGCCUUGUGAUAAGGCUCCGCACCGGAUUAAACCGGACCAAGAAGAGUUAGACGGUCAGGCUUCGCCACCAGUAUCUUACCGUGCUCUUAAUCCGAACCGGAUUCGGAAUCUCUAGACAAAACCAAAUUGUUUUUACGUAUUUAUGGAUAUUAAUGUUUAUUUUUAUAUUACAAGUGUGAUUUGCUGAAUAAAUGCAAUGUGUGUAUGGGUCAUUAUA